AUGAGAGUUGGAAUAAUUAACCUUUUAGCUUUGCUUGGAUUUUUAUUAAAUUCAACAAAGUUUGCUGGAGCUCUUUACGGGCGUUUAAACGACGGAAUGAACUCCUUGAACUAUGAUCCUAACCUGCUCUCGUUACUACAGAUGGAGCAGAGCAUGGAUCUAGAUGACGAUGACGAUUUAGACUAUUUUAAGUCCAGUUUCCUUGAGCACUCGUCUGAUAAAAGUUCCGUACUUCAGAGUGACUGGGAUGAAGGAUCAUUCCUUGAAGAGGAUGACUUGGACUCUGAUGCUUGGGGUAAUGAUCAGGAUGAGUCUUUCCUUCAGGAUGAUGAUUCUGAUGAUUCUGAAAACUUUGAUGACUCAUUCCUCGAAGACGAAUCUACGGAACAAUCUGCCGAUGAAUUUGUAAAUGAAAUGGAUCUCGACGAUGCCUGGCAAGAACAAGGAGAGUCACUGUUACAAACUGGAGCGUAUUAUGGUAAAUCCAUAGCAUCCCCUACCACAUUUGGAAGUCUGAUACAGUUGCACAAUUAUGAACCUGAUCCCAUGAAUUUCCUACAAGAUGAAACUCUAUUAGUAAUGAAUGACGACGAUCAGACAGAUUUGGACCUUGUGGAUGAGGGUAAAAAGCCAAGUGUCAAGGCUUUCGUACUCAAAAGCGAUAAUGACGAAGGUGACACCGAAGUUACAGAACUUCUGGAAGAGUCACGAUUUGAAAAGCUGAUGUCAACUCUUUGGGCUUAUAAAGUUUGGCUUGUAGUUGUGGUUGUAUUAUUAGUUAUCGCUUUGGUCGUCAAGUUCUUCUUCUACGACCGCUUCCUUAAGUUCAAGACGGAAGUCUCCAACAAGUUCGACAAUAUGAACAAGGUCUUUGUUGACAAGUUCAACGGCGUCUUCAGAAAAAGCCAAAAUCAAACACAAAAUGAAGAAACUCCACUUCUGAGCGCAUAA